AUGGCUAAGCUCAUAGCAACAAUGAACACCACCAGAGGAGCCUAUGGGAGCCCAGAAUCCUGGAACCCAGAGCAUACUGAGAAUGCCUCCUUGCCCAACUUUACACUGCCUUUCACGUUUCGCCAACGGGCCACUGACCAAGCACUGACUGGAAUCCUCAUUGCUGUCCUCAGCAUUGUCAUGGUGUCACUGGGGUGCACCAUGCAACUCUCCAAGAUCAAGACUCACUUCUGGAAACCUAAAGGGGUGGCCAUUGCUGUGGUGGCUCAGUAUGGCAUAAUGCCUCUGACAGCGUUUGCCCUGGGCAAGCUCUUCCAUUUGGGACCUAUUGAGUCUCUGGCUGUGCUCAUCUGUGGCUGCUGUCCAGGUGGAAACCUCUCAAACAUUUUUAGUCUGGCAUCAAAAGGAGAUAUGAACCUGAGCAUUGUGAUGACCACAUGCUCAACGCUCCUGGCACUUGGGCUGAUGCCUCUUCUACUGUAUCUUUACUCAAGAGGGCUGUACCAGGGCAACCUAGAGGGCAAAGUACCUUACAAGGGAAUAGUCAUCUCCUUGGCCAUGAUGCUCAUUCCCUGCACAAUUGGGAUCUUCCUGAAUGAGAAGAAGCCACAGUAUGCUCGCCUCAUCAUCAAGGCAGGGAUGAUUGUGUUGCUUGUAUCAUCUGUUCCAAUAAUCGCUCUGUUUGUGACAAGUGUUGGAAACAGUAUUUUGAUCAUCUUCUCGCCACCCCUACUGGGAACGUCUGCCUUGAUGCCUUUUAUUGGUUUCCUGCUUGGCUACAUGCUAUCUUCAUUUUUCAAUCUCAAUGACAGAUGCAGGCGGACAGUCUGCAUGGAGACUGGUUGCCAGAAUGUGCAACUCUGCUCUACCAUCCUCAAAGUGGCCUUUGCCCCUGAUGUCAUUGGACCCCUUUUCUUCUUCCCUUUCCUAUACAUGGUAUUCCAGCUUGGAGAGGGCUUUCUCCUGAUACUGGCCUUCAGGGUUCACGAAAAGCUGAAGAAACCAAACGGCAAGUGUAGUAUAACUAAAACCUCUCUCCUGUUCCUACAGGCUUUUCAUCUCAAAGUAGUGUAUAAACCAUACACUGGUAUCAGCCCCCCAUCACGGAACUGCUGCUCUCUCUGGGGUGGAACUCAGUUGCUGAUAACAGCACACAGCAAAACUAAACAGCUAGAAGUGAAGAAUAGCCUCUCCAGAUGA